AAUGACAGGAUAGAACAGAUGACAUUUGAGUGACAACACCACAGAGUACAUUUUUGACAACACGUCGAAAAUGGCUGACUCUGGGCCAAGUAAAAGCGAUAUUGAAGCGGUUUUUCACAGAUUACGAUCAAUUCCAGCUAACAAAGUAUGUUUCGACUGCAACGCGAAGAACCCUACGUGGUCGUCUGUGACGUACGGUGUAUUCAUCUGCCUAGACUGCUCCGCGGUACACAGGAGCCUGGGUGUGCACCUGACGUUUGUGCGCUCCACGCAGCUCGACACCAACUGGACAUGGAAGCAACUGAGGAACAUGCAGUUGGGCGGCAAUGUGAACGCAACGCAGUUCUUCCGCACGCACGGCUUGGUGACGGAUGACUCCCGGCAGAAGUACAGCUCGCGCGUAGCCCAGUUGUACAGAGACAAAUUGAGUGCCAUGUCUGAACAGGCUAUGAAGACUUAUGGCACUAAGUUGCACUUGGACCCAGCGCCAGCAGAGCCGAAGGAGACCAAGGAACCAGAGGUAGACUGGUUUGCGGUGCACGGAGACUCAUCUGACACUAACACUAACGAGCUUGCAGUCACCACACAGGUGUCUCGUGCGCCGCUGAGUUCAGAGGCGCGGCUGUGGGGCGCGGCGGAGAAGGGCGAGGGGGGCGACGCGCCCAAGCCCACCAACAUCGGCAGGAAGCCGCUGGCCAAGAGAUCUGGGCUGGGCGCUCGUAAAGGCGGCCUGGGCGCUACCAAAGUGGCUGCUAACUUCGACGACAUCGAGAGGGAAGCGAUCAUGGCGGAGAAACUCAAAAUGGAGGCCAAAGCAUCGGAAAGUUCGGCCACACUGGAGACGGUGGAGAAGGAGGUGGCGUCGCUGAGACUGGCGUACCGCCAGCCCGCGGACGCCAGCGACGAGCGCCUCGGCAUCGCCGCCACCAACCGCAGCGCCCGGCACACCACCGGCGUGUCGCACAGCGCCGCCUCGGACAUGACCGCGAUCGAACAGGAGGGCGCGGCCGCGGCGCCGGUCACGGAUCUGGACGACUUCAACUCGGUCUUCACUAUGAUCAGGAACGAGCCUUACAGCAGCGGACGAGGCCUGGACUCGCUGGUGGAGCCCAGCAGCGCCUCCUGGGACCACAUCGCACCCGAGCCCGCGCGUCGCGUGCACUCGAUGUUCAGUGCUGACCCGCCCCCCGCCAGCAGCGCGGCCGCCUCCCCCUCGCUGCCCUCGCGGCCGCGCGGUCGCAAGCCGGAGGUGAGCGAGGAAACCGCGGUGCGCAAGUUCGGCGCGGCCAAGGCGAUCAGCUCCGAGCAGUUCUUCGGCGCCGCCGCGGCCGCUGAGCCCGCGCACCCGCGCGACGCCGGCCUUGCCAGGUUCCAGGGCAGCACCAGCAUCUCGUCCGCGGACUACUUCGGCGACAGCGCGCUGCAGCGGCCGCCGCCCGGCUUCACUGUCUCCGCGCCCGACCUGGAUGAGGUGCGGGAGUCGGUGCGGCUGGGCGUGACGCGCGUGGCCGGGCGGCUGUCGUCGCUGGCCAACGGCGUCGUGUCCUCCAUCCAGGAGCGCUACGGGUACUGAUACUGCUCCUAGCCGUAGUAGUUUCGUAUUUCCGAGAAUGUAAUUGGAACAACUACACUCUUACAGUAAUCAACAGUUUGUAAUUUAACUAAACAAAGUGGGUAGAUUGUAAACUGACCGACUUGAUAGUUUCUAUGUUCCGAAUAUAAAAGGAUUAAACCACAACUCCCCAUCUGCUAUCAGUAGCGUGCAAUAACCGUCAGUUUGUAAUUUAACUACUUAGAACUGUGUAGGUUGUAAACUACUACCGUAAAUAAAUGGGUUUUAUAUGUAUCGACGCUGUAAUUUAAAUAGCACAGUUAGGGUUAUUUACUAUAACACAGUAAGUGAACGGAUAAUUAUAAACCAUUACGUUAAUUUCCAGUUCCAGACGAAAUUGUUUUUAUUAUAUGAUAGUUUAAUUGUAAAUGAACCUUUUUUUCAUGCUGAAUAGAGCUCUUAAAUGCUCUAACCCAUAUAAGAAAUUUACUAUAUUAUAUGCACAAUUUUGGAUGUAAGCGUGUGAGGAUGAUAAUUAUAAUAUAGGUAACACAAUUUCUACAGAACGGAUUUCAAUGGAAUUUGAUACACACGUAGAAUAGAUCCUGGAAUAUUACAUGGGGUAUAUUUUAACCUGGAAUUGCUACAGGUGCUAAGCGAUAAUUUCUUAUUUCGAGGCAUAUUUCUUAGAGCCAUGCCCCAUUGCUACGUUGCGCUCAGUCGUUCUCCGUUACAUUGACGUCCGUCGAUGGUUCAAAGCGCAACGACACAUAAAUUGGAGUUUCAACGUACGUUGACGCAAGUUAAUGCCAAAACCUAUAGAAAAAUAACGGAGCACAACGUAGCAAUGGGGCCUGGCCUCGUAGUGAUUAUUAAUAUCGUGAAAAUUAUGUCAUAAAGUGACAUCACUUCAUACGUCAACCUGGACGCCAUGUAAAUAUGUGUUGUAAUAUAACGAAUAAUAUCGUAAUCCAUUCGAAGUGCAAUGUAGUUUGAAAAUUAAGUAAAUUUUCUGUAUUUGGAGCCCGAGAAAGUAAGAAAAUAAAAACCUCAAUACAAUGAAAUAACUGAUUAUAAAAACACGAAUUAUUAAACACAAACUGAUUACUGAAUUACUACGUCAGGAUUUGAUCCUAAUUCGGCAGGGUUUAGAAGAAUAAAUUAAUGAGCACACAUGUGCAUGUAACUUAUAAACUGAAGCUUCACUUCUAACACUUUUGGAUGCUCCUGAAAAAAUCAUAAUAUAUACCAGGAUUACCAGGUUUUAUUUUAGUUGCCGGGCUUCAUGUAAAACGCGGUCGUAUCACAAGAUUUUGAAUAUCACUCUCAUUUGGAUAUCUUUCGGACAACAGCAAAAUCUUAGUUUAUGACCGUGUUUUUGUUAUGGAUAAUAUUACUUUAGAAUAUAAUUAUAUUUUAAUUACAUUUGUAAUUACAAAGAUGAAGUAUAUUGUGUGCAAAUAGCAAUUGUAACACUACAGAAUUGCACGCCAGAGUUUAUUAUCGGCCCAUGUUAUUGUUCCAAUCGACAUAUCUUAAUAAGUACCUAUUUGCAUUGUAUUUUUAUUAUUUCUGACCAAACAGUAAAGAUGGGAACUUUCCAUUGGGGUUCUAGAGAUCGUCCAUGACGACUCAAUGAUCAUUUUUUGUGCAAUUUUGUUAUUGACUUCUACCCCCUUAUGAAAGACUUCCUGCAAUCGAUAAGAUUCUAUAAGAAGAAGCAAUAUGGUAAUUUUCGUAUUCUUGAAAAUUUCUUUUACGAAAUUAUUUUAUUGUUCUAUCGCAUUCCUAUAAAUUUAUUUUUAUUGAGAGCAUUUGUUUUCCGAUUUUAUUUUGUAAUUUUUAAGUUUCUUGCGAGACGACUUCGUCACUCAGUGAAGUAAUACUGUGCAAAAGUUAAUGUACUCGUAUGUAUGGUGGCUUCUUUUCCUUCAUACAUAUUAUAGUAGGGAAUGAACGUUGCGUUUAUAGAAAGAAUUAAAUAAAAUUUAAUUAGGUAUAUUUUGGUAGUUCUGUUGUAAUUGAAGUGUGCCGCUCUCUGCGCGCUUUUAUUUAUAGUUAUUUUUAUAUCAUUACCUAUAUGUUGGCCAAAUGUCCGCAUUUGUAUUUCUUGGAUACCCCUCAUUAUACCUAUUAUGCAAUGUGCAAAAUAAAACUUCCUUUCUUUUGCGCUCGUCUGCACACAUACAAACAGUAUAGUACUUUCGCUUUACGGACACUUUUAAUGCAUUUGUUCAUAUUUAACCAUAGUCAUUUUAACCAGCAAUGGUUUUGGCAAGAACAUCAAAACCAGCUAUGAAAAAUAAAUGUUUUUUAAUUUUUUAGAAAAUAUAGAGCUCCAAAGACCUUUGGCCAGAAUAUUAUUUGUGUUUUACGUUAUUUCUUAGAAAAAUAAAUAAUUUAAAAAUAAUGGCGACCGCGGAACAAUUCCGUGGAACAAGUUUGUAUAAAAAUAUGAAUAAUUCUUAGACCAUAAUUUAACUAUAUGAAUAUACAAAUUAUAUUUGCA